GAAGUACUGUUGCAAGAAUGCUAUUGGUAUUGAGAUAUAAAGAUGUGAUCGAAUAUAUGCUACUGAGGGUAAUAAGCACCUCGUUACUACGAUUUUGACAUUGCCGAAUUAAUAUCCGGAUCGUGUCUCAUUCCAUGAAGCUCGUUCAACUACAUAAUAUUUCAAGUCCGACACUUAUAUCUCCUUAAGGAAAAUGAGACGCCUAGCUUAUACAUACCAGACGUCUCGCCGGACAGUUUACUCAACUCAUACUAAGAGCCUCAAUAGGAUAAAAUAUAUAUCCACAAUGAGUCCUAACCGUAGUUUUCCGGCCCUGUUCGUCCGAGGCGGGACAUCCAACGGCCUAGUCAUCCAGCGCCAACAUCUUCCGGCGCAGGAUCAAUGGCACACGGUCCUCCCCGCGGCUAUGGGCGCGCCGGACCCGUAUGGCAGACAGUUAAAUGGGAUGGGCGGGGGCAUAUCGUCGACGUCGAAGAUAUGCGUUUUAGCGCCGUCGACGCGGCCCGAUGCCGAUGUGGAGUUUACGUUUGUGCAGGUCGGGAUUAGGGAUGGGGUGUUGGAUCUCGCGGGGAAUUGUGGGAAUAUGUCGUCGGCGGUUGGGCCGGCGGCUUGGGAUGAGGGGGUGGUUGGGGAGCGGGGGGAGAAGAUUAGGGAGGGGGAGGGGGGGUAUAGGGAGGCGGUGGUUAGGGUGUUUAAUACAAAUACCUCAAAGAUCGUACAUUCGCGAUUUAGAGUCGCAGGGGAUCCGCCGGUGUACUGCCCCGAGGGCGAUUACGAGAUGGAUGGUGUUCCGGGGACGCAGUCUAGAAUCACGUUGAGUUUUUUGGAUCCUGCUGGAGCGAAGACGGGAAAGGCGUUGCCGACGGGGAAUGCGGUCGAUGAGUUGGCGCUGCCGGAUGAAAGUACUAUUCAGGCUUCGUUGGUGGAUGUGUCAAAUCCGGGAGUAUUUGUCCGGAUAGACGAUCUAGGAAUUAAAGACGCCAGCCCGGAUACCUUCACCCCUCAAGCAGUCGAAUCGGACCCGGUACUCAAAGCUAGGCUGGAGUCCAUCCGACAAGCGGGCGCGGCAAAGAUGGGACUGGAUCCAAAGACGGAAAGCGUGCCCAAGAUCGUGCUACUAUUCUCAGACUCGGGCUCGGCGGAUGUCGAUAUCAGAUGUCUAGCAUUGUCAAUGGGUCAGGCGCAUAAGGCUGUACCUCUGACUCUAGCUUUAUGUUUAGGUGCUGCUGCGAAUAUGCCUGGGACUCUACCCGCACAGGUCCGUAGGAUAAAAGGAGAAAAACGUGAAAUUGGACCGGUUGUUAUUGGACAUCCCAGCGGGACGGUCGAGAUAGGGGCAACGACGGAGAACGGCCGGAUCGUCUCGGCGGAUUUGCUUCGUACUGCGAGGGUUCUUAUGAAGGGCCAGGUUUAUUAUUAAGACUGCAGAGAGUCGCUGCGGUGUGACAGCCCCCACGGGGCACCACGGCUCGUUCCAAGGUGCUACGGAGUUACACGUUCUGGAAACUGUGCAGAUCGAGGCGAGCCUUGUGCUAUGAAGAUGUGAUAGUUAGAGUCUUUCACCCUAAGCAAUUUGCUUGAUGUGAUCGCCAUCCUACUGCCAAUAAAACCACCGCCCCAACCUACUAUUUAUGCAUGCAUGUGAGGGCCGGGUCGAUUUAUUGCAUCAAGUCUGCUCCAGGCCCGGUAACUAUCAUGUAUACUACCUUACCCAUGUAUUAUUGCACAGCUACCUAAUGCAAAUAUUUGGAAAGCUCGUAUAAAGAUCAUAACGUCAACACUGCUCUCAGACUUUAGUACGACUCAGUAGAAACAGCAUUCUCGUUCCAUCCGGUGGCUGAGCAAAUGGUGGAUAGGAGAAAAGCUGGAGAAAUGGGGUGAGGAUGGCAUAAUUUGGCCAAGCCUGCCACGUAUGGAGUUGUGACGAUGAGAGGUAAGGCACAUUUUCCUACCGACUUAUUAGUUUGUGUUGUCCAUGAGGUUGACCAUUCGUAAAUAGUUUGGAAGCUAUAAUAACUAGUAGUAUUAUGUAGAGGUAGCUGUAAAUCGUGAC